CGACGCGUGUGACCAUCACGCUCCACUUGUCCUUGUGCCUCUCCCUUUUCUCCCUAUUAUUCUUUUUUCCUUUUCCAUCUUCUCAAUCUCAAAUUACCCUCGGAAAAGAACCCUAAAUUCCACAACAAUUUGAUUAUUCCUGAAUUCCCAAAUGAGCCAAACACAGUGAUUCUUAUUCGAGAAUUUCCAAAUUAGAUUGUUCGAAGCUUAGGGUUUUUUGGAGAAUGGGCAAAAACGAGGACGAUUUGCAGCUAUCGAUUUACAGGCCGCCGAUCUUCACCGGCGGGUGUUUGGAAAUCCGCCUCUUCUACGUCCGAAUCGCCCCCUGCGCGGUGGAGAACCUCCCGGACCAGCUGAAGCUCCGCCACCUCAGGCGGGAGGUGGGCGUCUCGUUCGAGAUCAACGGCGCGCGCAUCCCCUCGUCCGACGCCGUCUCCAUCACUCUCCGCCGCGAUCGCGUCAACAAGGACUCCUCCGAGGUGACGUACGUCAGCACCGAUAGCGUCAAGAUAUCGGGCCCCGCGGAGUUCGAGGUGUGCGAGGAGAGGGAUGAUUUGGAUUUGAUCCUCUGUGGCUCGCUGGAGAAGGCUGACGCCUGGAGCAAUGAGAGCGCGUUGGAUAACGAUUCGAAAUCGGGGUGGAGUAUCGAGUGCUACGCGGCGACGCCCAUCACGAAUAAGAGCUCGGCGCUCCUGCAGCCGAGGAAAGGGGGAUGCUCCCCAUCCAUCGAAGUUUAUGUAGCCGGUUGUUGCUCCGGAACGCCUGUGAUUUUGAUGAAGACGGUGUUGGUUAGCCCGCGGAGGAAGGCGAGGCAAGGAAUGAUGCUUGAUGCAAUCCCCGAGGACGAGGAGAUGGGGAAGGAACAAGGGAAUUUGUGUAAUGGGCUGGUGAGACAGCGAAAAUUGCAGUUAAUGGCAGCUGAUAUGGAUGAUGAGGAGUCGGAGGGGAAAGUUGCAUACAGCUAUUACUCUGAAGAUAUGUAUCCUGGUGAAGACGGGCAGCUCUCGUGGUUCAAUGCUGGUGUAAGGGUUGGUGUGGGGAUAGGGCUAGGGAUGUGCCUUGGUGUCGGGAUAGGUGUCGGGCUGCUGAUGAGAUCAUACCAAGCCACGACUAGGGGUUUCAGGAGGAGGUUCUUCUAAUUCGGUCAUCCUCACUUAGGGAAAAACGUAGGAAUAUCGCAUUGGAGAUGGAAGCAUACUACCACCACCACAACGCAGCCUAGGAGGCGAGAAGCUCUAUAGUAUAUAGCAUUUCACGGGGUUGUUUACAAAAGUCGUGUCUCGUAAAAAAGGGUGCCUGCCGCUUUGAGGAAGGGCGUCGUCCAACAAUGUGUGUGCCACCGGGUAAUGUUUGUGUAGCGAAUGUGAUAUAAUUGGCCUUGUGUGAAGUACUCUUGUGUAUCUUCCCUCUUAGAUGUAUAUCGUCUUUUCCCCCAACAGAUCAUUUUUGUGUAGUUAUUUUUUUUUUUAUUUUUUUUACUUUUUCCUUUUUUACUCUCAAAGUCCAGACAUGUUAAGCCAAUUUUGUUCUCUUCACUGUCCAAAUAAGUAGCCAUUUGCGGUACAAGCCAUUGCUGCUUUUGUAAUGCAUUGCUGUAGAGUUGUUUGUGUUGUUCGAGAUCACUUAUUCUGUUUAAUUCCAUGCCUAUUUACUUACA